AUGGGAGGGAAGAAGAGAGCUGGAUGGGAAGGGAGAAGAGAGCUGGAUGGGAGGGGAGAAGAGAGCUGGAUGGGAGGGAGAAGAGAGCUGGAUAGGAGGGAGAAGAGAGGCUGGAUGGGGGGGGGGAGAAGAGAGCUGGAUGGGAGGGGGGGAGAGAGCUGGAUGGGAGAGGCUGGAGAAGAGAGCUGGAUGGGAGGGGAAGAGAGCUGGGUAGGAGAGGAAAAGAGAGCUGGAUGGGAUGGGGGGGAGAAGAGAGCUGGAUGGGAGGGGGAAAGAGAGAGCUGGAUAGGAGGGGAAAAGAGAGCUGGGUGGGAGGGGAAAAGAGGCUGGGUGGGAGGGAAAAGAGAGCUGGAUGGGGGAGGGAAAGAUAAGCUGGAUGGGAGGGGAGGCGAGGUGGCUAGGAUUGGGAAGAGAGCUGGGUAG